GACGGCGGUGGAAAGAUGGCGCAGCUGCGGGUUUCAGGAUAAUCAUCACCCACUACAGCUGCGACAGACACGGGGGCAUUAUUGUACAGCAGCAGAGAAAAAAAAAAGAGCAGGCACAUUAAUUAAGAAACGCAACAGGAAAAAAAAGCUGCUGCAUAUACAUGCACCGGCUUGCAGAGACUCGAGCUUAAAGGACAAUGGAAGAGGAAUGUGCUACAAGAGGGUUAAAUAGAUAAAUAAAUAAAUAAAUAAAUACAUAGAUAGAUAGCUAGCUAGAUAGAUAGAUAAAUAAAUAAAUAAAUAAAGUGUCUUCACUAUUGCUUCAGCAGUGGAUGCUGCAGCAUUGACGGAGCUGAGAAGAUUCCCAUACACAGUUGGGAAGAGAUUACCGAUAACAAACACAUCGCACAACUGUACCUUACUUAGCAAGACAGACAACGAGGACCUGAGAACAGGGAGGAAAUACACGGUGUUUUAUUUAUUUAUUUAUUCAUUUCAUUUAUAUUUUAUUUGUGCACAGUUAAACAAAUAAACAGUUGAACACGGAGCAGUGAGAUUAGUGUAACUUUGAAUAUUUUUUUUUUCCAUGAAAACGGGUAAAUUACUCUUUGAUUUCUUGGGAAUUUUACCAGGAUCAUGUGGUCACCCACGGAAGAAGAGAAGAUUGGUGUUGUGAUCUGCAGUUUCCGUGGAUCAGUGUCGCAAGGUUUGUCUCUGGAGAUUGGAGAAACCGUGCAGAUCCUGGAAAAAUGUGAAGGAUGGUACAGAGGGUUUUCCACCAAGAAACCCACAGUAAAGGGGAUCUUUCCAACCAACUAUAUUCACUUGAAGAAGGGCAUUGUCAGUAACAGUGGGCAGUAUGAGACAGUGGCCCUGCUGGAAGACUCGAUUGUGACUGAGGUGACAUCCACUCUGCAGGAAUGGGCCUUUCUGUGGAAGCAGCUGUAUGUGAAAAACAAGGUGGACCUUUUCUACAAGCUGCGCCACGUGAUGAAUGAACUCUUUGACCUGAGAAGACAGCUGCUCUCAGGUCACCUGACCCAGGACCAGAUUCGAGACGUCAAGAGACACAUCACUGUGCGCCUCGACUGGGGGAAUGAGCACCUAGGCUUGGACCUGGUCCCCAGAAAAGAGUUUGAGAUGGCAGAUGCAGAACAGAUCAGCGUCUCGGACCUCUACAAAAUGCAUUUAUCCAGCAGACACAGCGUGCAGCAAAGCACAUCACAGGGGGACAGCAUGCGACAGUGCCACGGGGAGGCUUGCCGGAUCCCAAUACCUCACCAUCUCUUCCUCAAUUUGAAGAGUUUCACCUACAACACCAUCGGAGAAGACACUGAUGUCUUCUUCUCCCUCUUUGACAUGAGGGAGGGCAAACAGAUCAGCGAGAGGUUCGUGGUGAAACUGAACAAGAAUGGAGGACCUAAAAACCCUGACAAGAUAGAUCGCCUAUGUGCCCUCUUCACGGAUCUGAGCAACAGAGACAUGAAAAGGGACCUGUACAUAGUUUCUCACGUCAUCAGAACUGGGCGGAUGUUGUUGAAUGAUUCUAAGAAAGGUCCAGCCCAUGUGCAAUACCGCCGCCCCUAUGGCUGUGCAGUGCUGAGCAUGAGCGACAUACUGCAGUCCAUCUCCGAACUCAAAGAGGAGAAAGAUUUUGUGCUUAAAGUUUACACCUGUAACAAUGAAAAUGAAUGGUGCCAAAUCCACGAAAAUAUAAUCCGCAAGUCCAGCACCAAGUACACAGCACCCAGCACCAACUACGGUCUGAUCAUUUCCCUGCAGCUGCUGCGGGGAGAGAUGGAGCUGAUCCGCAGAGAGAACCCAAUGAUCUUCAACAGAGGCGUGGCUGUCACCCGCAAACUGGGCUUCCCUGAUGUCAUCAUGCCUGGUGACAUUAGGAAUGACCUAUACCUGAUCCUGGAGAGAGGUGAUUUCGAGAGGGGCGGGAAGAGCGUCCAGAAGAACAUUGAGGUCACUGUGUAUGUUCUCUAUGCGGACGGAGAAAUACUAAAGGAUUGUAUUAGCCUUGGCUCUGGUGAGCCCAAUGUGAGUGAGCACCGCUCCUUCGUUCUGUACCACAACAACAGCCCGCGCUGGGGCGAGAUCAUCAAGCUGCCUAUUCCCGUGGACCGCUUCCGAGGCUCGCACCUGCGCUUCGAGUUCAGGCACUGCUCCACAAAAGACAAGGGGGAGAAGAAGCUGUUUGGCUUUGCGUUUACUCCACUGAUGAGGGAAGAUGGUACCACUCUGUCAGAUGAAAGCCAUGAACUCUACGUUUACAAGUGUGAUGAGAACAGCACCUUCAGUAACCAAGCACUUUACCUGGGCCUGCCUUGUAGUAAGGAGGAUUUCAAUGGCUGUCCCAACAUCCCGUCCAGCCUUAUCUUUCAGCGCAGUGCCAAAGAGAUGCUCUGGAUCUCCACCCAGCUCUCCUCCACCAAGCUCACACAGAAUGUGGAUCUCCUGGCCCUGCUGAAGUGGAAGGCUCACCCAGACAGACUGAUGGACAUCCUGGGAAGGCUGCGGCACGUCAGUGGAGAGGAAAUUGUGAAAUUCCUUCAGGAUAUUUUAGAUACACUGUUUUCCAUUCUAGAUGACAACACAGACAAAUACGGCCCUCUGGUUUUCCAGUCGUUGGUCUUCAUCAUCAAUCUACUCCGUGAUAGUAAGUACUAUCAUUUCCGGCCAGUCAUGGACACUUACAUCCAGAAGCACUUUGCAGGAGCACUGGCUUACAAGGAGCUGAUCCACUGUCUGAAGUGGUACAUGGAUCGCUCGGCCGAAGUCAUUCGCCAGGAUCACAUUCAGGAGGCCAUGAGGGCUCUGGAGUACCUAUUUAAGUUCAUUGUCCAGUCGCGGAUCCUCUACUCUCGAGCCACCUGCGGGAUGGAGGAGGAUCAGUUCAGGAUGAGCAUCCAGGAGCUCUUCCAGUCCAUCCGCUUCGUGCUGAGCCUGGACAGCCGUAGCUCUGAAACCCUCAUCUUUACACAGGCGGCUCUUCUGAACUCCUUCCCUACCAUCUUCGAUGAGCUGCUGCAGAUGUUCACAGUGCAGGAGGUGGCAGAGUUUGUCCGGGGAACGCUGGGGAGCAUGCCCAGUACAGUCCACAUUGGACAGUCCAUGGACGUGGUCAAGCUGCAGUCAAUCGCUCGUACUGUGGACAGCCGACUCUUCUCAUUCCCAGAGUCUCGUCGCAUCUUGCUCCCGGUGGUGCUCCAUCACAUCCACCUCCACCUGCGUCAACAGAAGGAGCUGCUCAUCUGCUCAGGGAUCCUCAGCAGCAUCUUCUCCAUCAUCAAGACCAGCUCACUGGAAACCUCGGUGCAGGAGGAGGUGGAGAUGAUGGUGGAGAGCCUCCUUGACGUCCUCCUCCAGACUCUGCUCACCAUCAUGAGUAAAUCCCAGUCUCAGGAGGCGGUAAGAGGCCAGCGCUGCCCGCAGUGCACGGCUGAGAUCACUGGAGAGUAUGUGUCCUGCCUGUUGUCUCUGCUUCGCCAGAUGUCGGAAAUCCAUUACCAGCAUCUACUGGACAACUUUCAGAGCAAGGAGGAGCUGAAGGAAUUUCUGUUGAAGAUCUUCUGUGUGUUCCGUAAUUUAAUGAAGCUGAGCAUCUUCCCUCGCGACUGGAUGGUGAUGCGGCUUCUCACCAGCAACGUCAUUGUCACUACUGCCCAGUACCUAUCCCCAGCCCUCCACAAGAACUUCACAGAAGCAGACUUUGAUUUCAAGGUGUGGAAUUCCUACUUCAGCCUGGCCGUUCUGUACAUUAACCAGCCCAGCCUGCAGCUGGAGACCCUAACUCCUUCUAAGAGGAAGAAGAUCCUGGAUAAGUAUGGAGACAUGCGAGUGAUGAUGGCUUAUGAACUCUUCAGCAUGUGGCAGAACCUUGGGGAAAAUAAAAUCCACUUCAUUCCCGGGAUGAUCGGCCCAUUCCUGGGGGUGACGCUGGUGCCGCAGACCGAAGUGCGAAGCAUCAUGAUCCCCAUCUUUCAUGACAUGAUGGACUGGGAGCAGAGGAAGAAUGGCAACUUUAAACAAGUGGAGGCAGAGUUAAUUGAUAAACUGGACAGCCUUGUGUCGGAGGGAAAGGGAGAUGAGAACUACCGAGAGCUCUUCAGUCUGCUAACCCAGCUCUUUGGGCCCUAUCCUAGUCUGCUGGAGAAAAUCGAACAAGAAACCUGGCGGGAAACCGGCGUCUCUUUUGUCACCUCGGUAACAAGGCUCAUGGAGCGUCUCCUUGACUACAGAGACUGUAUGAAAGGAGACGAGACGGAGAAUAAGAAGAUUGGGUGUACCGUCAAUCUGCUGAACUUUUAUAAAUCAGAAAUCAACAAGGAGGAGAUGUACAUCCGCUACAUCCAUAAGCUUUGUGACAUGCACCUGCAGGCCGAAAAUUACACAGAGGCUGCGUUCACUCUGCUGUUGUACUGGGAGCUGCUGCACUGGGAGGACAGGCCACUCAGGGAGUUUCUGCACUACCCGACCCAAAGUGAGUGGCAGCGCAAGGAGGGCCUGUGCCGCAAAGUCAUCCACUACUUCAACAAGGGCAAGUGUUGGGAAUAUGGGAUCCCCCUUUGCCGGGAGCUUGCCAGCCAGUACGAAGCUUUGUAUGACUAUCAGAGUCUCAGCUGGAUUCGGAAAAUGGAGGCAGCGUAUUAUGACAACAUCAUGGAACAGCAGCGUCUUGAACCCGAGUUUUUCAGGGUCGGCUUUUACGGCAGGAAAUUUCCGUUCUUCCUGAGGAACAAGGAGUUUGUCUGCAGGGGCCAUGACUAUGAAAGGCUGGAAGCCUUUCAGCAGAGAAUGUUGGGAGAGUUCCCACAAGCCAUUGCCAUGCAGCAUCCCAACCAACCUGAUGAGACCAUCCUGCAGUGUGAUGCACAAUAUCUGCAGAUCUACGCAGUCACCCCGAUCCCAGAGAAUGCAGACGUGCUGCAGAUGGACCGGGUCCCCGAACGCAUCAAGAGCUUCUACCGCAUCAACAACGUCCACAGGUUUCGCUACGACCGACCUUUCCACAAGGGACCUAAGGACAGGGACAAUGAGUUUAAGAGUCUCUGGAUUGAGAGAACUACCCUUAUCCUGACCCGCCCGCUACCUGGCAUCUCCCGCUGGUUUGAAGUGGAAAAGAGAGAAGUGGUGGAGGUGAGCCCUUUGGAGAACGGCAUCUAUGUUGUGGAGAAUAAGAACCACGAGCUGCGGACCCUGAUCUGCCAAUACCAGCACAAGCAGCUGCACGGAAACAUCAACCUACUCAGCAUGUGCCUGAACGGGAUGAUUGAUGCAGCUGUCAACGGAGGCAUUGCCCGCUACCAAGAGGCUUUUUUCGAUAAGGACUACAUAACCAGUCACCCUGAAGAUGCAGAGAAAAUCACACAACUCAAACAGCUCAUGCAGGAGCAGGUGCAUAUCCUGGGUGUGGGGCUGGCAGUGCAUGAGAAACUGGUGCAUCCAGAAAUGCGUCCCUUACACAAGAAGCUGAUCGAUCAGUUCCAGAUGAUGAGAAGCAGCCUUUGCCAUACUCUCCCUGGCUUGGAGAAGAUCAGUCCAGCCUGUUCAGGAGCGAGCACACCACGGGGCAGCAUUCUGGUGUCCCACAGCCCUUUGAGUCCCGAGAGCAUCAAACUGGUCCAUAGACACAGCCCACUGAACCUGCUGGGAUCAAUUCGACACUCCUCCUCGUCCCUAUCCUCACACACCUCCAGUGAGACUGGGAACCUCAUCAUCCUGACUGACGGGCUGGUGGGGGAAACCUCUGAUGAUAUCUACCGCAUGCAGGCAAGCCCCUCUUCCUCCAGCCUGAGCUCCACCCACUCUGCACCAUCGCAGAUGAUCAACUCCGCCCCUUCCAGUGCAAGAGGUUCCCCUUCGCUGCCAGACAAAUAUCGGCACAACAGAGAGAUGAUAAUGCUGCUGCCGCCUCACCGCGACCGGCCCAGCAGUGCCAUGUACCCAGCAAUGACCGAGAAUGGACAGCCAACCAAUUUCCAGAGGGCCCUGAUCCAGCAGGUAAUUGGCCCCUGCAAACCCUGCAGCGAUCCAAACCUUUCAGUUGCAGAAAAAGCAGUUCCUACAGCUCCCAGCAGCUGGAGCCUCGACAGUGGAACCCGAGAAGCGAUGCCAUUCCUGUCUGCACAUGUGGGAAGUAUAAUGGUUCCACCAGUACCACCUCGCACCAUACCACAUGGGCACUUCUCGAUGCACUUUGAUGCUUUCCACCACCAGAUCAGCGACCUCCCUCCAGCUCUCCCUGCGCGCUCUUUGAGAAAGUCCCCCCUGCACCCAAUCCCUGCCUCUCCCACCAGUCCGCAUUCUGGCCUGAACGGCAGUAGCUCCACCUUGUCAGGCAGUGCCAGCAGUGGCGUGUCCUCACUGAGCGACAGUAACUUUGGGCAUUCCUGUGAGCCACCAGUCCACACAGACACCAUGGACUCUGUCCCCAGCCAGUCCUGGACCACAGACGAGGACAUGGAGUCGCCCUACCUGCCCGUCCGUUACAGCAUCUCUGAGCCUGAAGUGCUGGAGCCCAUGAAGCUCCCUCCCUGCCGUAGCCACUCCGCCCCCAGUGGGGUCAACCCCCACCAUGACCCCCCCACCCUGCCCCCCAAACCCUACAUGGGCCGGGGGGAGGGGUGCAUCCCUGAGGAGGAGAUGCGGCCCAGGCCCAUGCCCCGCAAGAUCUCCCAGCCCCUUCUGAGCUGCAAGGAGGAGCAGGCUAAGGUUGCAUGGGAGCAUGGAAUCAAGGAAGAGUAGGCUUGGGGAAAGGUGUGUUAGUGUGGGGAGGGGGUAGGCUUCCUCAGUCCUGAGCCAGCUCUUCUUUCCUUUCAUUUUAACAUAUUAUCAUUUUAAACACCCAGUAAAGUAUGAAAAAGCUAAUUCAUUUAUAAACCCCUAUCAUAUAUUUGAAAAAUACAUACAUGAAUGGUCAUGUCAGUAGAUACGCUUUUAUAAAGUUUUCCCUCGACUAUUUAAAUUGCCGGAUUCAAUGGUUUAUUUUUCACAACAGGAUUGAGGUUGUUAUGUGAUACUGCACUAUAUUCCUGUAUUGUUUAGAUUCUCAUCAUUCCUCAAGACUUUAUCAGUCGAUGGAAAUUAUCCCAGCUCAGCCACUGACUCACUGUGUGACCCUGAGCAAGUCACUUAACCUCCUUGUGCUCCGUCUUUCAG